AUGGGUAUUCAUGAUGUGAUGUUAUACGAUAAAUCACAACCUAACUAUGCGCUAUUGGGUGUUGAUACCCAAGUCUCAAAUUCUUGCUAUGAUUUUGACGAUUUUGACGAUGAAGACAGAUCUACGGACAAAACAUUUUAUGUUAUUCCUGCAGAGUGGAUACCCUAUGUGUAUAUACGCGUAAAAGAUAAGUCUUGGUACAUGUAUUUGGCUAAAAGGAAGUUUUGUUGCCGACAGAUUUUGUAUCGUGGUGAUAUUGCGGUUGUACGACGCGACCAUCUAAGCAUUAAAAACGAAUAUGUGGUUUCUGAAGAUUACUUUCAUGUUGGUGUCGGACCGUGUGCAGAAGUAGUUCACGAAGUGCUUGCCGAUGUGGGGGUAUUUAUAAAUGCUAAGCAGUUGUACCAGGCCGCACGACGACAGGCCGACCCCUAUGGUAAAACACGAGAGGUGAUCUAUGCGCUGGGCGUACAUGAGCCCCUAUUUAAGUUUGGAGACGAACAAAUUAAGGGAAAAACUUUAAAAUUAAUUAUGAAACAUUUAUUAGUGUGCAGCUGUUGUAAUGUGUAUGUAGAUAAGUUAGUGGAAAUGAUUUGUACAACGUUAGUUAAGCAUGAUACUUUAGCAGGGGUUAUGAAUUCUACUGACGGUGACAAACUUAAAGACGGUCAAGUACCCUGUUACACAUAUAUUAUGGACGGUGAUUUUGCAGUUAUGCGUAAAGAUGCUUAUAGAGCACCGUUAAAAAUUAAAGAUAUUUGUGAUAGUAUUUGUAAAGAAAUUGUUGACCCAUUUUUUGAGAAAUUUAAUUAA